GGUCACACUAUCCGCCGUGCACAAAAAAGCAAAUUUAUUUAAGCGUUUUAAAAUUCAAGUUUACCUAAAAUCCGGGCCGCAAUGCGCCAAGCUCACCUGUAAGUGGCUUCAGCAAGCGUCGUCGCAGGUGCACAGGUGCGAGGCAGAAGGUUUCCGCGAUCGCUGACUCAGACCAGCACAUCCGCCCCGUGUGGAGAAAAAUCGAUUUUGUGAUAACAGGCUUAGGCUUACGCGUUUUCGCAUUGCUAGUCGAAGUCAAGUGACUAGUGGACACCGUAUCAUGAAUGUGAAUGUGGACUUUGCGAAGGUGUGCAGCAAGCACAUAGGCGUCUACGAGGCCUACUACAAACAAAUUGACCCCAAAGCCACCGGGGCAAUUGAGGCCAUGACGGCGGCCAAGUUCCUGAAGAAGUCUGGCCUCAGCGACGUAGUGCUAAGCAGGAUCUGGGAUCAGUCCGAUCCGCACGGUAAGGGCUUUCUGGACAAGCCGGGAUUUUUUGUAGCCCUCAAAUUGGUGUCUCUGUCGCAGGCUGGCCAGGUGGCUAACAUGAACAACAUCUAUCUGGACACUGCCAACCCGCCGAAGGUGGGUGAACUACCAAAAACAAUGCCGUCGCGCAUUCAGACUGUGCCGGUGUCCAGCGGUGGAGUAGCCAAUGGAGAUUGGUCUAUCGGAGUGAUCGACCGCCUAAAGUACGAACAGCUGUUCGAGUCGCUGAGUCCGUACAACGGCAUGCUGCCGGGAAACAAGGUCAAGGGCGUUCUAAUGGACUCCAAGCUGCCCAUGAACAUACUGGGUACCAUUUGGGACCUCGCCGACCAGGACAAGGACGGCAAUCUGGACAAACAUGAGUUUGUGGUAGCCAUGCACUUGGUCUACCAGACGCUGCAGAAGCGCACCAUUCCCAGCGUGUUACCGCCCGAGCUGCGGAAGCCCGGAGGCGCAGGACCGCCACCCAAGCCCGCUAUGCCUCCGCCACCAGCUGCAGCUGCCAUGCCGCGUGCUCCCAGCGGCGAAGGAUUCGGAGACGGCGGAUUUGUGGCCAACUUCCCUAAGGACAUAGGUCCGCCGGCGGCUAUUCCGCCGCUCCCAGUGGCCGUGCCACCAAUGACGCGCAUUCCUCCGGUUGGUGCAGUCAGCUCCCAGCCACUGAUCCAGACGGACCCUCUGAUACCAAUCGGUGCUCCGCCCUCUGUGACGGCGAACGCCGAUUGGGUGGUCACCCCGGCAGAGCUGAAGCGCUUCGAAGAGAUCUUUCGUCAGUCGGAUCUAGACAAGGACGGUCUGGUAUCUGGGCUUGAAGUGAAAGAUAUCUUUAUCAAGUCGGGUAUACCGCAGCGCAGCCUGGCAGACAUUUGGGCUCUCUGCGACACUAACCAAUCCGGAAAGCUGACUGUUGAGCAAUUCGCCCUGGCCAUGUGGUUCGUGGAGCGAAAGCAGCGCGGGGUGGAUCCGCCCCAUGUGCUUAACGCCAAUAUGGUUCCGCCUUCAAUGCGCGCCACAGUUUCCGGAGUGGACCUGCAGCCGCAGGAGGUGAAGCCCACUUAUUCGAACCCAGAGCUAGAGAUGAUAUCCAAGGAGAUUGAGGAAUUGGCCCGCGAGCGCCGUGUUUUGGAGACGGAGAUUGCUCAGAAAGAGGCGGAUGUUCGCGUUAAGAACGGUGAAGUGCGCAGUCUGCAGAGUGAAUUGGACACUCUAACCGCUACGCUGAAACAAUUGGAGAACCAGCGAGGAGAGGCGCAAAAGCGACUGGACGAUCUUCAGGCUCAAGUAAACCACAAUACGGCCGUGCUGGCCAACGUAAGUCUUGACAUAUCGCGCACCAACGAACAGGUGACAAAGAUCCGUGACCAGUGCCACAUGCAAGAGGAGACCAUUAACGAGCAGGAAGGUGAGCUGAACGCAAAGCGCUCGGAGCUGCAAAAGCUGAAGGACGAGGAGACGUCUUUGCAAAAGGAGUACGACGACAACAAUCGCGAGCUCUCCAAGCUGACUAAUCACCUGCAGGCUACCCAAUUACAAAUCAGCUCGGUACGAUCGAUGGUCACCCAACUGUUGGAGACGCAACGCCAAAUGACCGAUGCGCUGCUCAUUUGCCGGGCUGCGAUGGAGAACCAAAACGCUGACCUCGUCUCUGAAUACCAGCUAAAGAUCGAGCCAGACUUCGACGAGGCUCGCAAGACGCUGACCAAAGAAGUGCAAAUGCCCAAGGAAGAUCCCUUCGAAGAGAACAACAGCGGGGUUGCCAAUCAAGCAACCAACGGUUUUGCAAGCGAUCCUUUCUCUGGUCAGCAGCCCAGCAAGCCAGCGAUUGCCACAGGCUUCGAUGACAGCUUCAACAUGACCUCGGGCUUUGAUAGUGGCUUCGAUGCCUUUGGUCAAAGCGGAGCAGGCUCAUCAUUUGGUCAGACUCAGCGUGAUCCUUUCGGAUCGGAUGCCUUCGCGGCCAAUAAAAGCAGCGCAGUCACUCCUGAGCCCGGAAAAGACGACUUUGGCAGCGAUCCGUUUGCUGCCUUGCAUGCGCCUACCGGGCAAGGUCAGGUGCUCAGUCCCAACGCCCAGAAGUCAGGUCCGCCGCCAAGGCCAGAGUCUCCUAGUCCAGCACUGCCGCCAAAGAAGUCUAAGGUGCCGCCCCCACGACCAGCCCCACCACGAGCUGCCCAGCCCGCGAGUGGUUUUGGAAGUGGCGGCGGUGGCGGAGGAGGAUUCGCUGAUUUUGACGACUUCGACAAUAAGCUCCACAACAUUCCAAGCACGACCACGGCCACGCCCCAGUCCCUGCCCCCCGUCACUCUGCCGCCCCCGAUUCCGGUCUCCAGUGGAUCGUCAUUGCUUGACAGCAUCUCGCUAUUCGACGAUCCCGGCCAGAUCCGUAGCCAGGCGGUUAGCACACCUAAUCCCACACCCACCACCGCCCCCACCGUACACUCCCUGCGCCCAACAUCGUCAUCCACACCAGCAGUCUCACCCUCGGUAUUAGCAUCUGUAUCAGCAUCACCAGUGGCAUUGGUAUCGGGAACGGGAGCGGGAGGAGCCCCCUCUAGUAGCACCAUCAUCACCACCGCCCCCAGCUCGAAUAACCAGCAAUUGUCGCGUUCCAAUACACCGCUGCAGAAUCAGAGCACUAUAGCAUUCGGAUUGGCGCCGAAGGCGGAACCUUGUGUCUUUGCUGCCUUUGAAGAGAGUGCCAGCCGAAAGGCUCCGACUCCCAGUCUUAUUACCGGGCCUACGGAUUUUAAGGACGAUCCCUUCAAGGACUAUCGUUAUGAGGACCCCUUCAGCAUUAAGGAUCCCUUUGCCGAUGAUGAAGAGGAAGAGCCAUCAAGAGUAAAGGGAGCUGGUCAAAAGAAGAACUUUGCCGAGGACUUUAGCUCGGAGGAUGAGAUGGGAUCCGCAGCCAAAACCCUAAGCAACAUUGUGAACAACAACAACAUAAAGGCAAAGGCAACCACGCCCCUGAACAACGAUCUGCUGCAGCAGUUCGACGCCUUCAACUUGAACUCCAGUCCAGCGCCAUCGCAUCACUCGAACACUUCGCACCACUCCAACUCCAAGCCCAACCAAAAUCAGAAGUCUCAGGAGGCGCUGGACGCGUUCGCUGAUUUCGGCGACUUUGCGGCUAAGUUGGCAACAACUGGCGGAUCUGGAACUGGAACAACGACAACAACCACUAGCAAUACGAAACUUAACGAUUCCUUCUUCGAUGCAUUUAACGACAACUUCAGUGUCAACGAAACCUCAUCGGUGACCACUGGUGUAGUCAGGCCCAACGAUCAAAAGGCACAGGCCAAAGCUUUCGACGCUUUUAAUGACAACUUCGAAGACGACUUCAAGCCGGGCCACAAUUUUGCCAAGUUCGAAGCCUUCGAGGCUCACAACUUCUCAAGUGACUUUGGGAAUUCAUCCUUCGAGACGACAGGCAAGGAUAAGCAAAACGGGCAGGUGGCCAAAAAGGAUCAAAACAAGGAGUUGGCCAAGGACAAGUUCGCGGCGGACUACUCCAAGCCAGAGAGUUUCGACGCUGAUUUAGAGGAAGCGCUGAAGCGCAGCGUGAUGGACAACUAGAUUAUAUGACCUUAGCGGGUGGUGCAAGCAGAUGAUUGUGAUUGAUCCAUGAGAUAUGAUGACACAAUGACAAAUCUAAUGUUCUCUCUAUUCGCACUCGAUCCGAUAUUUAGUGUUAGUAUUUUGUUUCCGCUUCGAUCAAGACAUCAUGGGACUAUAAAUCCUACCAUGAUAUUUACUGCGUACUCCUUGUGCUCAAAGAUUCCAGCGAAUAGAGAAUUUCAACGGAGUCGCAGCUGGCAUUAAAAGCUACAUGCUAUAUACAAUAAUAUAUAAUUUCGCGUAACCACAUACUCGUAGAGCCUAAAUAUGUUGCGAUUUAACCUGUACCAAAACCCUAUGAAUAAACGUAUGAAAUAACAUCAUCA